CUGCUUGAAUCAAAUAGUUAUUACUUUUUUUUAGUAUCUAGCAGUGAAUCUAUCCACAAGGAAAAUGCAGUAUUAGUGAAACGGGAGAGUCACGUAGUUUUUGUCGAUGAAAAUGGUGUCGUAAUCGAGGAUUCGUCACAUAACGACUUACGUACUGUUGAAUUCAAUUUCUUGGAUGCAAAAAAUAUCUGCUGUGGUCUCUGUGGUGAAAUUGUGCCCUAUGAACUUCUGAUGAAUGAACAUUUACCUACUCAUCAUCCAGAGGUUUUGGGUGAUAAUCAUAAUAUGGAUUUUGAUGAAACACCGAAUGUAAUAUGGCUUCGUGAUAAAUUGAGUAAUGAACGAAAGCAUUUGGAGAGUGGUUUUCGGUCAGCUAAUUCUUAUGAUUUGCCGAAUUUCUCUAGACCAAAUCGUAUUCUUCGUAAGGUUUCUCAGUAUCGAGUAAAUCCUCACGAAAUGUCGCUGGAUGAAUUAGAUAUAGCGUUGAAAAAGAAAAUGGUUGAAAAAAUGGGUCGUAGAGUUCCUGUUACUCUUGUCGACAAACAGCAUGCUAGAUGUGGCCUUUGUAAUGCAGUUGUCUCUCUUAAUAGAAAAUUCGAAGUUAUUCAUCUUGUCAGACAUUUCAAUGCUUGGCAUCCAUCAGCUCAUCGUUGUCAGCCACAAGCUGGUUUGGGAAAACCAUUAUCCAUGCAAGAUUUUGCGGUCAUUGAUACCGCUGUCGACAAUGGAGAUAAUUUACAGUGCAUAUGGUGUGGAAUGUUCAUGUCAGUCGAAGCACUUGCGAUGCAUUUUUCCGAAGUUCAUCCCGACGACAUUGAAGUGCCCAAAUGCAAUCUAUGCCUCAAGGAAUUGGUUAUUAAUGCUAGAUUAUUUGAAAAAUAUAACGAGGAUUUCGCUGUGACCUUACCUGAUGAGCAUCAUAUACGAUGUGGAAAAUUCAAUACCACUCAUACGUCUGAAAGCCAAUUCGAUAAAGCUAUUGAAAGGCGGAUGCGUCGUAUACAAUCUGGUGGUGAUAUAUAUACUGAAGAUGCGGAAGAAGAUGAACUUGAUUUAUGGCGUAAAAUUUUACCAAAUAUUAUUGACAUUGACAUUUCAGGACGAAGGAGUAAACCGAAGAGGCAAUUUAUCAUGCCUGCCUUACGCCAAGCAGCUCCAGUUGGCAGCAGAUUCGUUGAACCGGUUACAGAUUGUCACUGGAAAUGUAAAUUAUGCAAAAGUGACAUAUUAGCAGCUGUAAUUAGUGCUGGAGCUAUCCGGCAUUACCGAAUUGUUCAUCCUGAACUUCUUGAAGAAAUGCAAUAUGAACUGUGUAAGGCUCGAUUGGAACGAGUUUCUGAUGGGUGUAUGGAAUUCGUACAUCCACAACUAAUUGAAUGUUUGGUUUGUAAUAUGACAUACAUGCUGCAUAGACCUUAUAAUAUAUGUCGAGCAAUACGUCAUCUUAAGUCAAAACAUCCAGAUAUGAUGCCAGAGUAUGCUGGAAUGAAAGAAUUCGAAAAGGUUAAACUUCUCGCAGUUUUGCAUUACAUUUUCUUAUUUGUUCAAGCACUAGAAGGUGCAGAUGGAGAACGUGUAUAUGUACUUAUGGCUGAAGGCGAAGAAAUAGAUCCGGAAACUGCAAAUCAAUUAGCCGAAUCAAUUGGUCAUAUAAUGGUAGAAGAAAAUGCCACAGAAAAGCAAGCGGUAAGAAAGAAUGUUUUUAAAGAAUGUUGUUUUUAA